AGGAUCAAUUACUUUUAUUGCUUAAAACCAUUAAAGUAAACUAAAAUUUUAGUAAAGUAAACCAAAAAAAUACUAUAUUAUUGAAGAACAUAUUCUCAGUAAAGUCAGUACUAUGAUUCAAAUUCAACCCUUAAUUAAUCAAAUAAUCAUUAAAUAAGGUAGAGUCUUCGUCUAAUUCUUCAAGUUUCCAUUACCAGUCACUGUCGGUAAACGUCAAUUUAGUGCUAUAUUUAAUUUUCAGGACAAAAUCCAACAUUCGAAUCUCUACUUCGUCCCUUUCACUUUCUCUCUCCUGCAGCUAUGGUGCAGGGCUGGAAAUGGAGCAGAAGAAGGUCUCACUUACCUCUAAUUUCUCUUAUCUUUAUGCUUUUAAUUACUGUUACUGUUCUUUUCAACGAGUUCAGAAUUCACGAGUAUCAACCCCAAGAUCAUAACCCUCAUCUUCAAAAUACCCAGAAUUCAUCUCCAGCUUUGUUAUUGGAGUUGGAUAGAUUCACUACAUGUAGCUCUGCUGUAGAGUACAGUGGAGGAGAUGUGAGGUGGGGUGGAAGUGACCGGCAUUCGCCGGUUUCGGGUGGUGUCAAGGAGUGUGAUGUAUUUACAGGAAAAUGGGUGUUUGAUAAUGGAUCAUAUCCUCUAUACAAUGAGUCCCAUUGUCCUUACAUGUCUGAUCAGUUAGCUUGUCAUAAGCAUGGAAGACCUGAUUUGGGGUACCAGUAUUGGAGGUGGCAGCCAAACGACUGCAACUUGAAAAGAUGGAGUGUUACUGAAAUGUGGGAAAAGCUGAGAGGGAAGAGAUUAAUGUUUGUGGGAGAUUCGCUCAAUAGAGGGCAAUGGAUCUCUAUGGUGUGCUUGCUACAGUCAGUGAUUCCAGCUAACAAGAGGUCUAUGUCCCCAAAUGCUCAUCUUACUGUCUUUCGAGCAGAGGAGUAUAAUGCCUCAAUUGAAUUUCUAUGGGCUCCUUUACUUGUUGAUUCGAAUUCCGAUGAUCCUGUAAAUCAUAGGUUAGGUGAUCGAAUAAUUCGUCCAGAUUCAACUUCAAGGCAUCUUUCCAAAUGGGAGAAUGCUGAUAUACUUGUAUUCAAUACGUACUUAUGGUGGAGACAAGGACCGGUAAAGCUGUUAUGGAGUAGUGAAGAUAAUAGAGUUUGUGAAGAGUUGGAUGGUGUACGAGCCAUGGAGCUGGCCAUGAAAACCUGGGCUAAGUGGGUGGAUUCCAAUGUCAGUCCUCUUGAGAAGCGGGUGUUUUUUGUUACCAUGUCACCUACUCAUAUGUGGAGCCAAGAGUGGAAUCCAGAAAGUCAAGGAAACUGCUACAACGAGAGUAACCCCAUUUUUAAGGAGAAUUACUGGGGAACUGGUUCCGACUUGCAAACAAUGAGUAUUGUGGAGGAUAUCCUUAGUCGAUUAGGAUCUAAGGUCACAGUUCUCAACAUCACUCAGCUUUCUGAAUAUCGAAAAGAUGGCCAUCCUUCUAUUUAUCGCAAGUUUUGGGAAACACUUAGUCCUGAACAGUUGUCAAAACCUGAGUCAUAUUCUGAUUGUAUACAUUGGUGCUUACCUGGUAUACCUGAUGUAUGGAAUGAGCUGCUCUUCCAUUUUUUGUUAGAAGGAUACACAAAAUUGUAAUUAGCAUAUUCCAUUAUCAACACUGUUUACUAUAAUUAAGUCAAAAGUUUCACCAAAAAUUCAUAGAUGUGCUCGAAUAUGAAUUAUGAGGUUUACACUUGGUUAAACAUCUGCUGUCAAUACUACAUAAUUGUCUCAAAUUUUUCAAAGGAUUUGCCUAUGAGUCGUCAGUUAUCACAUUACUUGACCAUCAACUCUCAAAUCAAGCAGUGAUUGCUGUUACAAAUUGUUAUACUGAUGAGGAUCAUGGAGUUGAGGGACGGUUUGUCCCUCCAUCUCCCGCAGGA